CAUCGGCUGUUUAUUUUAGGAAGCUGAUGGAUCCGGUUGCUUAUGCCACCCUCCUCGAAGGGAUUGCUGGGACUAGUUUUCUUCCCCUACCCAGCAGUACAAGCCCUGUGUGCCUUGUCCUGGGGCACCUGGAGGUUGAACAUGCAGCCGGGACCCUUCCCCACAAGCAGUGGGAGAGGGCAAAGUCGCAUUUAAUUCCUAGCUCCUGAAAAUUAUGUGCAUUUUAAUCUUGCCCUGGAGAGCUGGGGUGUUAGAAAACCAUAGUCACAGCAAAGAAACGUGCCAGGAGGGAAGGAAUCGACUAUUUUUAAGCCUCCCUGCCAGGGGUGAUAUAAUUUGCUGCUAAAAUCCCUGUGGGCAGAAAUGGAAUGGAAACAGAUUGAGGAUGGUCCUAAACGGAGCUAUAACUCUUCCGCCUAGCAAGCACGCCUGGUAUGGGUAAUGGUGUGAAGGAAGGGCGAGUGGGUCUCAAACAGGACAAUGUGGAGCCGAUCGUGGCCGCCCGUCUCCUACCUGAGGGGGGUCCAGAGAAGAAGAACGUGCUCAAUUCCCUGAUGUCCGGUGCCUUGGCUGGUGCCGUGGCCAAAACGGCUGUUGCCCCACUGGACAGGACAAAAAUCAUGUUUCAAGUGUCUUCAAAAAGAUUUUCUGCCAAGGAAGCCUACAGGUUCAUCUACCGCAGCUACCUCCAUGACGGCAUCUGGAGCCUGUGGCGCGGGAACUCGGCCACUAUGGUUCGGGUCAUCCCAUACGCUGCCAUCCAGUUCUGUACACAUGAAGAGUACAAGCAGCUCCUGGGCAGCUACUACGGUUUCCAGGGAAAAGCGCUACCUCCCUUCCCGAGAUUCAUCGCCGGAUCGCUGGCAGGCAUGACAGCAGCCAUGCUGACUUACCCCCUGGACCUGGUCCGGGCACGGAUGGCAGUCACACCAAAGGAGAUGUACAGCAACAUCAUUCACGUCUUCAUCCGCAUCUCUCAGGAGGAAGGGCUGAAGACCUUGUACAGGGGUUUCACACCCACCAUCAUUGGUGUGAUCCCAUAUGCUGGCCUCAGCUUCUUCACCUACGAGUCACUGAAGAAACUUCAUGCAGAUCACAGCGGGCGCUCGCAGCCGUAUCCCGUGGAGCGGCUCCUGUUUGGGGCCUGUGCGGGCCUGAUUGGCCAGUCGGCCUCCUACCCCCUGGACGUGGUGCGUCGGCGCAUGCAGACGGCGGGGGUCACAGGGCACACGUACAGCUCCAUCCUCCUCACCAUGCAGGAGAUCAUCCGCGAGGAGGGACUGGUCCGCGGCCUGUACAAAGGGUUGAGCAUGAACUGGGUCAAAGGUCCCAUCGCCGUGGGAAUCAGCUUCAUGACCUUUGACCUGACACAGAUCCUACUCCGGAAGCUGCAGCACCGCAUGGACGUCCAGAGGUAGUGUUUCUGUCCCCGAGCACUGGGAGAGGGGGGCUGCAGUGCCUGUGGAGAGGCAGGAAACGCCAUCACGUCCCGCUGCUCCCGAGGUCUGACAUGAUGAUUUUCUUGUUGUAACGAGCCUCUGAGUUAUGUGGAAUUAACCCUUCCCCAGGUGAACACCCCUGCCCCUCCUGGCCUGGGUAGCCUGCCACCUCCUUGUGUUUAACACUUCGAUGCUAGGAGCAGAGCCCAUCACGCAGACACCAAGCUGAAGGUGGGCUCCUGGCUUGUAGAAGAGGAGGUGCCUCUCCCUGGGUCCUGCCAGCAAUCUCUGUCUGGCAAGCAGGCCUUGGCAGUGCCAUGCUGUGGGUCUGAGGUGAGUGCCCGGCCGGGCUGACUGGAGCAGUUGCAUCUCCUCUGAAACAGAUGGGGCUGUGCUGAAUGAAUGCCUCGUGCACCCACCACCCCUCUUCACUUCCACUUCCGUUGUGGUCUCGUUGUUGCCUGUCAGCCCACAUCUGAGCCCGUCUAGAGCCAGCAGAGGCUGCGGCUGGCAUGGAAAGAGCUCAGAGCACCAACAUGGAGCUCCUGCGCCUGUCCUCACCCGGGGCUGGGAUCAAAUCAGAAUGUGAAUUGGAGGCAAAAGCAGGUCAUCUCUAAGCCUCCCCCCAUGUCCCUAAAGGCAGCAUUUCCCAAGGGUUUUAGCAGAUCCCAGUAUUAGGACUCCAGAGAGGUAAGAGGGGGUGCUGCCUGCACAAAGCACCCCCCCCACCAGUAUUAUCGGGCCUGCUUUAUCAGCACUGCAAGAACAAACAUCUUGUAGGGGUGUGCAUGCGCAUGCAUGGUGCAGACCUGUUGCUGUCCUCUGCGGUGGCUGCAUGAAUGGGAUUGACCUAACAUUUACCUCCUGCUGCAGAGCCACCCUGCUGUGUGGCCGGGCACUGCCUGGCCCUGGGCAGCCCGGCGGGUUCGCUUGGGCUCUGGCAGUUUUCCCCUGGAGUUCUGUGGGGCCAGCUCGGCCCUGGGGAGUCCUGCGCGGGCUGCUGUGGCCCUGUGCCGGGCUGAGCUGCGAGUGCGAAACCAACCCCAAAGCAUGUCUGAACAUAGCUGGGGCGAGUGCUCUGCGAAGUGGUGCUUUGAAGGGCUGCUGCACACACUCAUACUGGAAAGAGGCCUUUCACCUCUCUCCUCCAGGCCGCUGAGGCCCAAGGGGAGGUCUCUUCUCAGUCUGGCAAGGGUGCUGCUUGUGGGGGAAAGGUGGCGGGGAUGAAGUGGGAGGCAGGCAGACUCCAGCAGGAGCCCUGCUGCCCCCAGGCAUGAUGUUCCGUUCUUGCAUUGCUCUGGCUGGCUUAGGUCUCCGUGCUUGCUCCUGGAGCAGGCUCUACUUCCAGUGCCAAAUGUUUUCCAGCGUGAGUACAUGCGACAGGUGCCUGCCCAGGCCCUGAUCCCCUGUGGUGUGGUGGGCCAAGCUGCUAGCUUGCUAGCUUGCUUGUUGGCCUCAAUGUUACCUCCACAGCAGCGCACGGGUGAGGUGAGGUCUCAGUGCGGUCUGCCUGUGAGUGUCAGCCGCGGUGACGCCCGUCCCAGUCACUGCCUUGUCUUAGAAGUCAAUUGCUGUCACCAGGUGUUUUAAGGGCUGCACAGGCCACGGGUCUGUGGCAGGGGACAGUCUGAUGCCUCCCUCCAUGCAGGCGAAGCUCCUCUUGUCCCUCUGCAGGGACUUGAGCCAUUCCCUGUCCCAGCGGGGACGCUGCCCUUGUCCGUGGUCAGAUGAGGCCCUUGGAGGCAGCACCGCACGGUGACAAGAGACGCAGAGGAGCAGCUGGGGCUCUGCAGAGCUGUCUUGGCACGGUCGGGUGGCUGUCGGGUUCAUCCGAUCCCUCUGGGUUCCUCUCAGGGCCUGCUGUGCUAUAGUCGCUGCUCCUGGGAGCGAAGCAGCACUGAGGGGGCGCAGGAGGUGGCUGGGUGGUUGCCCGGUGCUGCCCCUCUUGCCCCUCCACCCCAGGUAGUGCCGUUCUGAAAGGGCCCUGGAGUAGAGGAGCCUGGUGGGACACGGCCUUUGGCUGGGGAACCUGGGGGUGCGUGGGGCGAGGGGAGGGGGCAACUGAGGCCUCCGCACCAAACCUCUGUCUCCCAGGGCGAGCCUGGAGGUGCCUGGCCCCAGGGAGCCUCCUUCCCAGCUGCAGCUGAUUCUAUCUUAAACUCUAGUUUCAGCCUAAAUUUCCCAGACUUUCAGGCCCGUGUUAGCUGAGAAACAGGCCAUUUCCUGUUGGUCACAGUAACCUGUGAAUGUUUAUAUCUUCCAUUGCUUACACAAGUGUUCUUGGAGAGACCGUGUGUGUGUAAGAAUGGAUGUGGUGGGGGGGGUGUACUGACACAUCCUUGAACUUUUUAUCCAGUGCCAUUCACUCACUUUCUCCCCUAAAUGUCUGCAUCCUUUCCUGUCAGAGCCUUGCACACAACACCCCUCGGCUCUGUGCAGCUAUCCCCUCACUGGCCGAGGAAGGCGCGGGGAGCUUGAUCGUCCAGGAGUUUGGAGGGUCGAAUGAAAGAGACCCAGGUAGGAAAUACAGGGAGGGGCUGAUCCAUUGGAGGCAAGCCCCUGGCUCUUGCAUAUGCCCCAGAGACCUCUUCAUGGGCUCUCUGGGAGUGCAGGGCUUGAGCGAGGCAGCUGGCCGCAGGGUAGGGUGGUCAGGCCUGCAGCAAUGGCAAGGUAGGUGGCAGGUCUGGGUGCGUGGAGAGCAGGGUGCCCUGGAGCAGCUGGGAGCGAGGGGAGGAAGUGUGGCGAGGCCUGCAGCGAAGGCAUGUCUGCUGGUGCCGUGGCGGUCGUUCUUACGAGCGUGGCCAUGCAGAGCGGUAUAGGCCUGUCGCUUAACUCGGGCAGCUCUCGUCUCGGCUGGGCUGGAGCGCGACCAGGCUGGCACCAGACAGGCGCAGCAUCUCCCUGGGAGCAGCGGUUUGAAUGAAGUCCGGCACCAGGGAGCAGAGCUGGCAAAGGCAGGGAAGCAACAUUGCACUGAGAGCCGGAACUGCCCGCUGUGGUUCCUUCCAUCCCACUCGGGGCCCCGAGACAGCGCGUUGUGGCCUGGCCUGGCUGGGGCCAGGGAGGGGAAGUUGUGAAUAAAAUCAGUCCUGUCCUUGCAGCGUCCAGUUCUCCCUCCCUCCUCCCCGCACCCUGCCGGUGUGGUCUAUGCAUCGAGCACAAACCCUGUCCAAUGCCUUUGGUUCAGAUGUGUCCCCGCCACGCGUAGGUGCCCGUGUGCGCGGGCGGACAGAUAGCCUUCCUUGGGAGCCGGAGCUCUAUUUUGAUGCCGUGAAGACACUUUGUUACAGAAUGUUUAUAUCUAUUUUAUGAUUUGUGCCAAGAAAGGAUGUAUAUUUAAUAAAAAACAAAACCCGCCUCAUUUCCCGUGCUCCUCUGC